UUUCAAUCCAACCCACAAUUUUGAGUUGUCCUUCGAAACAGGCUUCAUUGACAGCUGAGCGCCGGACGACAUGUUCAUUAUUUACCUAAUGAAAUGAGUCCCCGAACGCUGCCGCUCCACCAAAAAUGCGCUCACCCGAAGCCCAGAACCGCUAUGUAGAAACUUCCCGAUUCCCGCGCAUUCGAAGCCAGCUCGCCGGGUGCCGCGGGUGCUUGCCAAGGAUGAGGUUCGGGGCAGGUUCGGGGGAGGGAGAAUGGAGAACUCCACGAAUCCACCUGUCACUUAGCUGCAACCACGAGAACUUCGACGCUCGCGGGAGAGCUCCGGUGAACCCCGCCUCCUCGGUGGAGAAGCUCGGAACGAAGGCCAGCGAGCUGGCAGCCACCGACGUCAUCGUUAGAUUUUGCCGAGACCAACGGCAGCAACCCCAGAUCUCGUUCAAGUUGUCACCAGCAUGGCAGCGUGGUUGCUUUUUCUCAACAGGUGAGCACCGUGGAGGAUGUGCAUGGACAAAAGAUUCGGUGCACAAUGCACGACACGAAACGGGGUCAAUUGGCACGAAUAAAAUGACGGGGCUCGCGCUGCAAACAGCUAACAGGGCAUCAAAGCCAAGCUGCCGGUACCUUUUCGACCAGGGGCUCGGGGGAGCCGCCGGAAGGGAAACGGCCAAUCACGUCGGGCCGAGCUCUUCGCUCGCGCAUGUGUGCUUUUGCGUCCCUGAUCUGCCACAACAUCUGCCCUUGCCUUGCCGGGACCACAGAAGGAUGUGCAAGCGAGAAAGCUGCCACCCCUUCAGUGAUCAUCACAGCAUGGACCUGAGCGCUGGGACUCAAGCAUCAAGGCUCUCUCGAUGCUCCCGUCUCCACGCAAACAAACGACACACACAAAUCGCAACACACGACCUCCCGAAGUCAUAGCGGUGGCAGAUGUAACGGUCACUGCUUUUCAAAAAAGAAAUCAGCAGGCGUUUCGAUGGAUUUCGUCAUCGA